AUGUCAUCCACCUCCACCGUUCGCUACCUGCCCCGAGAGGCUGCAGCGUUCACAUUCAUGGGUGGCGGAACCAUGGCUUCAGAGGGCUGGCCGCUAUUCGCUCCGCUCUAUAUGACUGCUUUACAAACAUCGGGAACCCAGCCUGAUUCCCCAACUGACCUGUUUGGGAACGUCAAAAUUCCAGUCUUUGACACUCUCAAUACUGAGGAUUCAACUUCGACUGACGGUUGGAUCAGCAUCGACUCGUCCAGUGAUAUCUCUUACACCAGUCUGCUGGGAAUCCCUGUCGCCGGUAUCCCUCCGACCGGAAACUCCACCUUUGAUGUCACUUCUCGCUACUUCGCCAUCGAUUGUUUCAACGUCUCCUACGUGGCAAACUACACGGAUUACAAUCAGGAUACUGGUACUAUGAGUAAAUCUGCCAACUCUACUUGGGAUAGUAAAUCCAGCUUCAAGCUAUUCCCAAGUGCUCCUUCCGCAAACUUCUCUUCAGCUGCAGUCCAAUACUUCGGGCUAGUUUCAAUGGUCAACUUCGUGCAACAAAACACGUCAGUCAGUGUCGCGAACUGCUCGCUGAGCACUCGAGAUGUUGACUCGUCUAUCAGCUGUGAAGAUGGCGCCUGUCAUGUCACUGCGAUGAGAAGAUCAACCACGCCAGUCGUCGGCGAGACGCCAUACGGGCUUGCUGGCCAAGGAUCUGUCACGCUGAUCAAUAUGCAAGACCAGUUGCCAUAUGCCACCAUUGGUGUGAAAUCUCACGGGGCAAUGGGUAGUCUGGUUUCAAGCACCAUGACCGAGCAAUGGCUUGUUGAUGCAAACACCGAUUUCACCAAUUUCAUCAGUUUCGUAAAUGUUUCUUCUGUGGACAACCGGGUCCUGAGCAGCCGCCUGCAGAUACUCUAUAACACCUUCUGGCAGACAACCUACAGUACGCAGUAUCUCACCGGUAAUCUCUCCCUCGGCAACGAUUACUACGACAAUGCACCAGUGGAGAGAUACACGACGACUAGUGAGGAUGAUCCAACUCUGAAGAGUGUCACCAUUUCCUUCAAUACGAGCCAGGUCAACAUCUCACGAUACGAUGGAGAAGUCUACGAGUUCCAUUGGACUUACGGUGUGCUUUUGUUCGUCACUUCGGCAGUCUUGCUUGCGGCCGGAUUAGCGUCUCUCAUCCUCAAAAAUCUCAUACUUGCGCCAGACAUCCUAGGCUACGCAUCUACCAACACCCGCGAUAAUGCGUUCGUAGUGCUGGACUCUGGCCUUCAUCAACCGUCUUAUACGGAUGGACUCGAUCGUGCAAGAAGGCUCCAGGAUUUGUGGGUUAUAAUCGCAGAUGUGAAGCCAGAGUCGAAUGUCGGACAGAUUGCUUUCACUGUAGUCGGCGAGGAUUCUAAACGGUUGAAACGAGGGAGGCGCUACGUGUAA